UUCGGGCAGUGAUCAACACGUGCGUCGUCCACCACGUCCUGCUGCUGAAAGCGUUUCGACACCAAGCAUUGGCUAGUUGCAUCUUAUGCCGUUCAAAACCAGUCGUCCCAGUAGGAGUGCUCCUCUGCUGUCGUGUUGUUUGAGUAAGUGUUUUGAGCUCUAUGACACUAUUUACUCCAGCGGCACCAUUCACCGCAGUCAACUACAAGUUGACGUUGGCACACGCGCUGGGCCCCUUGGACCAACCAUCACCGCAAUCACCUCGCAUGUUGUGCUUCCGUAGCAAAAGCUACAUCAGCUGGCGUGGCGCAUCUGUCAACUGGCUAAGUUGCGGCGGCAUCGCGCUGUGCACGACUUUUAUUGCGCCACAAGUAUUCGUACAACGGAACAUCUUGUAUCUUCUCAGCCGGCAAGAUCAUGACCGACAAAUACGGUGAAGUUGUGCGCGACCCUAGCAACGAGCAGUCAGCUCACAUAGGUGAUGGCGCCUGCUAUGUCACAUAUGGCAGUGCCAAUAGUGUCAACGUUUCUGCCGACGGCGGUCGCCAUAACGGCUUCUGUAAUGAAGCCUUCGAAGCAUCUGAUUCGUUGGAGAAACUUUCUAGUGUGGGUGAUUGCUCGAGCACGAAGGACUUCGUCGCUUCCGGUGUUACAGAAAGGGCUCGCCCUGUCAUCCAGCGCUCACUCACCUUGGUCGAGACUACCAUGCUUCGUCCCCAACGCGUUUCUCAACGAAUACGCACCUUGUCCGCGGGUGUGCACACAGAGUACGACGUUACACGAAGACGUAACUCCCGUCGGCUGCGAUUCUGUCCCCGCGGUUCUCUUUAUGAUGUCAUCCAAGACCUGCCCUUCCGUCCCAUCAUUGGAAACGCCGAAGAAGGCAACGUCGCGGCGACCAUACGGGAGGAGUCGUCACCUGUUCCUCCGGACAAGUCGAUGUCCGAUGAAACCAAGGACGAUGAUGUGGAUGAGACGCCGGUAGAAAUCCUGGUUCAAGUAUUCGUUCCUUUUAUGCUAGCUGGGCUCGGCAUGGUGGCAGCCGGCGUACUGCUCAAUAAAGCGAAGGACUUAGACGCAUUCAAGCAAAUCCCGGAGCUUAUGGUUAUGGUGCCUCCUCUACUGGGUCUCAAGGGAAAUCUGGAAAUGACAUUAGCUUGCCGUAUAUCCACGCUGGCGAACCUCGGGAACGCGGGUAGCCGGUCAGCGUUGCUCAACAUCGCGGCGGGUAAUCUCGCGCUCAUCCAGUGCCAAGCAAUCGUCGCGGGUCUGGUAGCUGCCCUGCUCGCUGUCAUCAAAUCAUUCGCUGCAGGUGGCUACCUGGACUGGAAUCAUGUCCUCACUCUCUUCACAAGCGCAGCGCUGACGGCCGAGCUCGCUAGUAUCGUGCUUGCGAGCGUCAUGAUUCUGGUUAUAGUGAUGUGCCAGCGACUGCGCAUGAACCCUGACAACGUGGCCACUCCUGUGGCCGCCUCCCUGGGUGACGUCAUUACCCUGGCGCUGAUAGCUGGCUUCGCUACAUUACUGCAUGUUCCUCUGCAAGACUAUCAGUGGGUGUCAGGCAUAUUGCUGGGCUUAGUAGUGCUGCUGGCUCCACUAUGGGCCUUUCUUGCUUACCGCAACUCUUACACACGUGAGGUUUUAAGUCAAGGGUGGCUACCAGUGCUUUUUGCUAUUGUUAUCUCAAGUGGUGGUGGCUACAUACUGGAAAUCGCCAGCACCCGGUACAAAGGACUCGCCGCCUAUCAGCCAGUUAUUAACGGCGUUGGUGGAAACCUAGUGGCUGUACAGGCUAGCCGCAUAUCCACGUAUCUACAUCUCACCGCCGAGCGGCCAAACCUGCCACCUGAUGAGAGCCGCUGCGUUGGCCCCUUUGCAGUCUUCUUCGGGAGUUGUCUUCAUGCGAGAACAGCUCGCCUCCUCUUGCUCCUACUUGUUCCAGGUCAACUUAUAUUUGUGGCGGUUAUUGACAGUGUGGAAGGCGAUGGCGAAGCUUUUCAUGGUCCUUUCGUGGCGUUGUAUGUGGCAGCGGCAAUUAUUCAAGUGUGCAUUCUGUUGUACGUCGCCCGUGUCCUCGUAUACGCUCUCUGGAGCCGCGGUACAGACCCAGACAACGCAGCCAUACCUUUUCUGACUGCACUUGGAGACCUCCUAGGCGGUGGCCUUUUGGCACUUGUGUACUGGAUUCUAGAUUUGAUAGGCUCCAGCCGACCUCUGUGAAGGCCUCACUUAAAUGCUUGAUGUCCUUGGUGGAGACAGAUACUACGCCACCGUGAGUGAAAGGAGGCAGCGAAACUUGUACAGCAGUCCCCUUCCGAGUUGUGACGCCGUCUGAACCAGUGCAUCUGCUCAGCACCGCUAGAUUGACGUUCGCGGAAAAAUAAACAUUCUGCCACGUUUGUUACACUGCGCGAGAGACUGUAUGUACGCUUGAAAACGUGUCGUUUGUGUGCCAGUAUAAAAGUGCUGCAUUAGGCUUUAUUUUAAUGCCGGAACACCCUCCUAAUUCGAGCAUCGUGCCUCGAAUUUACAUACUUCGCUGGAAUGUGCGCUGAAAAGUGUUCUGGUAGUGGUCUCUUCAGUUCUUGUCAUUUGUUACAUAAUGCAUAUCUGUUAGACGCGAGACAUUGCGAUCAAAUGUUACAUUGUUUGACAUAGGCUGGAGUGUUGGUUUUUUUUAUAAAUGUACAUUUUGUAAUGUUUUAUUCCAUUUAUUACGUUCUAAGAACGUUAAUUCACUUGGUGUUUUGUAAAUCUCGUUGUUUCACACUAAAUAAUUGAUUUCAAAAAAAC